AUGUAUGGGUAUUUACCGAAUACAAGGGAUAACAUCUUCAAGUUUAAUGCAACGGAUCCAGCCAAAUCCAUGGAUGCUGCAUUUGCUCCUGCAACAUUGUCUAAAAUCCCAUGGGCUGCUGUUCUGGGAAACCAUGACCAAGAAUCCACCCUCUUAAGGGAAGGUGUCAUGAAAUAUAUUGUUGGCAUGAACCACACCUUGUCUCAGUUCAAUCCUCUCGACACCCACAUCAUUGAUGGGUUUGGAAACUACAAUCCGAAAGUCCACGGGGUCCACGGUUCCAAUUUUGUAAAUAAAUCACUUCUCAAUCUCUACUUCCUUGACAGUGGGGAUUACUCCACAGUUCCAUCGAUCUUUGGCUAUGGCUGGAUCAAACCAUCCCAGCAAUUUUGGUUUCAAUACACUUUUAUCAAGCUUAAGGUGGUUUUGGGUUUUUGUGGGUCAUUUGAAGCUGCUUCAGGAAUGGCAGCCACCAUCAUCAUAUUCACCAAAGAUUGA